AUGUCGCUGGUUGCUUACGCCAGCAGCGAAGAAAGUGAGCCGGAUGAGGCUGAGCCGGAGCCGGAGGAGGAGGAGGAGGCGGCGGCCCCUACACCUGGGCCGACUUUAGGGGGCUUGUUCGCUUCUCUUCCCGCACCCAAGGGUCCGGCCUUGCUGCCUCCGCCCCCCCAGAUGCUGGCCCCAGCCUUUCCCCCGCCGCUGUUGCUGCCCCCACCCACCGGCGACCCCCGGCUCCAGCCUCCUCCCCCCUUGCCCUUCGGCCUGGGAGGCUUCCCCCCACCUCCAGGCGUGAGCCCGGCUGAAGCGGCGGGAGUUGGGGAGGGGCUCGGAUUGGGGCUGCCCUCGCCCCGAGGCCCUGGCCUCAGUCUGCCCCCCCCUAUCGGCGGUGCCGGGCCCCCCCCGGGGCUUCCGAAGCCAAAGAAGAGGACAGAGCCGGUGAAGAUUGCGGCUCCAGAGUUGCAUAAAGGGGAUUCAGAUUCUGAGGAAGAUGAACCCACAAAGAAGAAAACUGUCCUUCAGGGAUCCAGUGAGGGGACUGGUUUGUCCGCCUUGCUUCCCCAACCUAAAAACCUGACUGUGAAAGAGACUAACAGGUUGCUCCUGCCCCAUGCCUUCUCCCGGAAACCCUCGGAUGGCUCCUCUGACACUAAGCCCUCCAGGCAAGCUUCUAAGACCAAGUCCUCUUCUCUUGCCCCUGUUGUGGGCACCACAACCACCACUCCAUCGCCCUCAGCUAUCAAGGCUGCCGCCAAGAGUGCUGCCCUGCAGGUGACGAAGCAGAUCACGCAGGAGGAGGACGACAGUGAUGAGGAAGUAGCCCCUGAGAACUUUUUCUCCCUCCCUGAGAAGGCCGAGCCGCCUGGAGUUGAGCCAUACCCUUACCCUGUUCCCACUGUCCCAGAAGAGCUGCCUCCAGGCACAGAACCAGAGCCGGCCUUCCAGGACGAUGCAGCCAAUGCCCCCUUGGAGUUCAAGAUGGCAGCAGGCUCAAGUGGGGCCCCUUGGAUGCCUAAGCCUGGGGAUGACUACAGCUACAAUCAGUUUUCCACAUAUGGCGAUGCGAAUGCCGCUGGUGCUUACUAUCAGGAUUAUUACAGUGGUGGCUACUAUCCCGCACAGGAUCCGGCUCUGGUCCCCCCCCAGGAAAUUGCCCCAGAUGCGUCCUUCAUCGAUGACGAAGCAUUUAAGCGGCUGCAGGGCAAAAGGAACCGAGGGAGGGAGGAGAUCAACUUCGUGGAGAUCAAAGGUGACGACCAGCUCAGCGGGGCCCAGCAGUGGAUGACCAAGUCACUGACAGAAGAGAAAACCGUGAAGUCAUUCAGCAAAAAGAAAGGUGAGCAGCCAACAGGCCAGCAGCGGCGGAAACACCAGAUUACGUACCUGAUUCAUCAGGCUAAGGAGCGGGAGCUGGAACUGAAGAACACCUGGUCGGAGAACAAGCUCAGCCGCCGGCAGACCCAAGCCAAAUACGGAUUCUAG